AUGUCCUCAUUAAAACGUAUUACAAAAGAAUUAAAUGAUCUUGGAAGAGAUCCUCCUACCUCAUGUUCCGCAGGCCCAGUAGGUGAUGAUAUUUACCAUUGGCAAGCUUCUAUUAUGGGUCCACCAGACUCUCCAUACGCUGGUGGUGUUUUCUUUUUAUCUAUCCAUUUCCCAACUGACUAUCCAUUCAAACCACCAAAGAUUUCAUUCACAACUAAAAUAUAUCAUCCUAAUAUCAACGCAAAUGGUAAUAUUUGUUUAGAUAUCUUAAAAGAUCAAUGGUCCCCAGCUUUAACAAUUUCAAAGGUUUUAUUGUCCAUUUGUUCUCUAUUAACAGAUGCCAACCCAGAUGAUCCAUUAGUCCCUGAAAUCGCCCAUUUAUACAAAACAGAUAGGCCAAAAUAUGAAGCUACAGCAAAAGAAUGGACCAAAAAAUAUGCAGUAUAA